AUGACAGCUAUAUUGGUCAUAUAUAGUAUUCAAACGGUAUACUCUUCUCCCAUGACCUGUCUUCCUAAGUAAAGACCGACUAUCCAAAUACUAGUAGUUGGCCGGCCUUUACAGUUCUCUCUCUUUCUCUCUCUUUCUCUCUCUCUCUCUCUCUCUCUCGUCGUCAAGCUACAUGGAAACAGAGCCUCUGAGGUUUGCAUGCAUCACGUUGCUUCUCGUCUCCUGCAGUGUCUCGCUGCUCCACGUCAACGAAGCGAAUCAGGCUGAGCAACUAAUAAGGCUGACUGAAUCCAAGAGAUCGACAUGGUCGGAUCAACCUGACCCAUGGCUCGAUCUCGACGCCGCCGACUCGGCCUCCUCGGCGGUCUACGUCGGCCCUCAGAAUGGCCUGAGGGACGCCGAUAAGAUCACAGCAUUGCCGGGGCAACCCGGCGGCGUUGACUUCGAUCAGUAUGCAGGGCACGUGACGGUUGACCCGAAGAAGGGGAGGGCACUGUUCUACUACUUCGUCGAAUCCCCUCACAGGUCUUCGUCCAAGCCUCUCGUCUUGUGGCUUAAUGGAGGUGAUCUGCAUGCCUUGCCGUUGGAUUUUGGACCUCCUACAGCUUCGUUUUCCUUGGAUGAUCUCGAUCAUGUAUGUGUUCUCUGAUUGCAGGGCCAGGGUGCUCCUCUCUGGCAUACGGAGCCAUGGAAGAACUCGGCCCUUUCAGAGUAAAAAGCGAUGGCAAAACGCUCGAAAGAAAUCCUUAUGCUUGGAAUGAAGGUAAUGGGAGGUUCUUCUACUUCAAUCUUGAGCACUUGGACCAUGUUCUGAUGAUGACCGGCUGCAACUGUGACAGUGGCCAAUGUGCUCUUCUUGGAAUCCCCAGCAGGGGUUGGCUUCUCGUACUCGAAUACUACCACAGAUUAUGAUCAAAGCGGAGACAAGAGGACCGCGGAAGAUACAUUCACCUUUCUGCUAAACUGGCUGGAGAGAUUCCCCCACUACAAGAAUCGCAAGUUCUUCAUCGCCGGGGAGAGUUACGCCGGCCACUGCGUCCCCCAACUCGCCUCGCUCAUGCUGCACCGCAACGAGCUCGCCAACCGGACUCUCAUCAACCUCAGUGCCAUUGCAGUAAGUGAAUCUGAUCUCACGAGAGUCUUGGCUCGUCUGCUACAGCUCAACCGAUACGACAUGCGUGAUGUUUCCUCCUAGAUUGGGAACGCUUAUGUUGAUGAAGUAACCAACAGCGAAGCAAGGUACGAGUUUUUGUGGAGUCACGCACUAAUAUCCGAUGAGACAUUUGCUAGAACUCGUCGAUUCUGCAACUUCUCUGCCAUCAUAAACGAAGAGUGCAACAAAGCUACAGCUGCUGUUGCUGCAGAGACCGGAAACAUCGAUCCUUACAAUGUCUAUGCUCCCGUUUGCGUUGGCUCCAACAGUUCUUCCGAGUCUGGCGUAGCGGUAAGAUAUCCA